AUGUCUAUUUUUGAUUUAAAAACUGAUUUUCUAAUUAAGGAAUUCAUGCAAGGUGAAGGGAGAAAUAUUAGAAAUCCGUACUUGGAAUUGAGCCACCGUAUUCCUAAAUUCACUGCUGAGCAAAUAAGUCAUCGGUGGAAUUAUAAACUUCACCCUCGCAUUACGAAUGGCCCUUUCACGAAGGAAGAAAAGAGGUGCAUUUAUCAAUGGGUUAAAAGAAAUUCCAAAACGUCCGAAAAAAUUAAAUGGUCAAACUGCCAAAAGUUAUUGGAAAAAAAAUUCCAUAAGGUCCGCGCUAUCAAUAGGAUUCAAGGAGUGUGGACUACAUAUCAAAGACUUUUAAAAAAUCGUGUCAAAAAACCCGAAAUUCCUGGCACAAGUAUCAUUGACUUUGGUCCUCCUCAAGAUGACCAACAAUCUGGUAUUACUACCAAUAUCGUCUUACCAAAUAUCUCUCAUUUAAUCCCUGUUGGUACUACUACUACUACCAUUGUCUCACCUCGUCCUCUUUUACCAACGUUAAUUCCUAACGCUAAUUUUCAACCCGCAAUGAAUAUUUCGAAAAUGAUGCCUUUAUUUUAA